CUCCGCGCUGCGCUCGCCGGCCCGGGUCGCCCGCGGGUGCGGGUGGGGGCGCGGGCUGUUCCGGGGACGCCGGGAGUACACCUUUAGGAUGUUAUAAAAAACUAAUAGAAUAUCACAAGAAUGGAGACCUUUCUUUUAAAUAUGUGAAGACCUUUAACAUGGAUGAAUAUGUAGGCCUUCCGAGAAAUCAUCCUGAAAGCUACCAUUCUUAUAUGUGGAAUAACUUUUUUAAGCAUAUUGAUAUAGAUCCUAAUAAUGCACAUAUCCUUGAUGGGAAUGCUACAGAUUUACAAGCAGAAUGUGAUGCAUUUGAAAAGAAAAUAAAAGAAGCCGGAGGAAUAGAUCUUUUUGUUGGAGGAAUUGGUCCAGGUGGUCACAUCGCCUUCAACGAGCCUGGAUCCAGUUUAGUAUCAAGGACGAGAUUAAAGACUCUAGCAAUGGAUACCAUUUUGGCAAAUGCUAAAUAUUUUGAUGGAGAUUUAGCAAAAGUGCCAACUAUGGCUCUAACUGUUGGUGUGGGGACAGUAAUGGACGCUAGAGAAGUAAUGAUCCUCAUAACAGGGGCGCACAAGGCAUUCGCCCUGUACAAAGCCAUCGAAGAAGGAGUCAACCACAUGUGGACUGUCUCAGCUUUCCAGCAGCAUCCGCGGACCAUUUUUGUGUGUGAUGAAGAUGCUACUUUAGAAUUAAGAGUUAAAACUGUGAAAUACUUUAAAGGUGAGCACUGAAUUUCAAAAGCAGACUGUGAGGUGUUCCGUUGCAGGUGACAGUUAAAACCUUAAUGUGAGUGUGGAGUUGAAUCCCGCGCCGUGGCCUGUUAAAUACAGGCAUGGGGGACAUAACAGUCAGUCCUUUCAAGGAAUAAAAACUCACCACGGAUA